GCUGUCGCUUUAAGACCGAUUUCCCCCCAUUGUCAGACAGUCGUGAGCAGGAAGAGGGAAACGAAAGCAGAGACUGAGGGGGCCCGACGUAUUUAACCCACGAUGCUGCACAAUAACGGUGUCCGCGGCUUCAUGUGGAGGAGCGCGUCCGACAGCCGCUCACUUCACACCGCACACACGCACGGACACGGAGAUCCACGCAAGUGACCUUUCAGACGGAUCGGCCGUGUUUCGAAGCCAAGGCAUUGCUUAAAGUGGCUGCAGGAUGAUAAAAUACACUUAAGAGAGAGAUGGAAGUGUCACCGCGGUUGGUGUAGUGCCUCAGGAAAUGAUGACAGUGUCCUCCAUCACCGCUUAGCAGCUUCGAGCGAACAUUUCUUGUCUUGCGGCCAUUUCGACUGGCCUAUUUAAUUAACACACACAAGCCAAACCGAGGUGUAUUUGGCUUGUCGGAGGCUGUGGGAGCAGGUGCAGCGCGCCUCGGCUCCAGUCUGCCCGCAGGCACCUUCACAGGUUGCUGGCUGUGGACUCCGAAACCUAAUCUGGAUCAGGUUGGACAUCAUAUUUCAGGAAUGACAUCCACCGUAGAGAGGAAGACACUGGAAACCAACGAGGAACCGGUGGAUGAGGUCCUCCAGAUGCCGCCAUCUCUGCUGACAUGCGGCGGCUGCCAGCAGAGCAUCGGAGACCGUUUUUUCCUGAAGGCCAUAGAGCAGUACUGGCACGAGGACUGUCUGAGCUGUGACCUGUGUGGCUGCCGGCUGGGGGAGGUGGGCCGCCGGCUCUACUACAAACUGGGAAGAAAACUGUGCCGGAGAGAUUAUCUCAGGCUUUUCGGUCAGGAUGGUCUCUGUGCUUCCUGUGAGAAGAGGAUCCGUGCUUUUGAAAUGACCAUGCGGGUGCGGGACAAAGUCUACCAUCUGGAGUGUUUCAAGUGCGCUGCGUGCCAGAAGCAUUUCUGCGUAGGUGAUCGCUACCUGCUAAUCAACUCGGACAUUGUGUGUGAGCAGGACAUCUUUGAGUGGACCAAACUCAACAGCAAUAAUCUGGUUUAAAGGAACAUAUUGUUGAAUACGAGGGAGCUGCCUUUUCCCAUUGGCUUUAAAAGGAGAAAAAACAUAAACCUGCCUCUUGCAGGUUUUAUCAUGCAUCUCACAUUCAUGAGGAAUCACACAGAAAGUGGGAGAUUACAUCCCUGCAAUGCUUUCUGCUGGAGACUAAAGAAAACUGCACCAGCAUUUUCCAAAAAGCUUCUCUUUGGAUGCUUCAUCCUUUAAUGCAAAAACUCUGAAUACAUGUAAACAUGCAAUAACAGCCAUUUGUGAUAUACACUGGAAUUUAUAAAUGUAAGCAAUGAACAAAUACAAAGUCAAUUUUCUCAUUGUCAGACACUGUUCUAUCACGCCAGCCUGGCCUGAAAUAACCAGGAUUUUUUUUCUUUGUCAUAUUUUAAAGGUGCAAAAUUUCAAAGUGAUUUUAUAUGAAUGACAGAGAAUGGAAAGAAAGCAGGCAUCGUUCUGUAUAAUUAUUGCUUUCUUGAGUGUAUACAUGCAUUUGUGUAUGUUCAUCUGACCUGCUUGGCACUGAAAAAAGGCCUUAUAUUGAAAUGACAGUAGUGAAUUAUAGUUGAACUAAAAUUCUACAUUUCCCUAAAACUCCUACCUAAAAAAUGCGAGUCUGCAACUGUUAUUUUCAACAAGCUGUGUGUCUUGAUUAAGUGUUUGGUAAUCUGGACAAACAGCGUAAAAUAUGACCAAAAUAUUCCCAAACCACUUGAAAUGUCUAUUUUGUCCUAAAAGCCAAGAAAUUAAGUUUUAGAUCAUGCAAUACAAAGAAAUCACGAAAAUAUGUGCCAUUAAAAAACAGGGAUCCUGUGGAUUUUAGUUAUUGUUUCUUGCAACAUAAAUGUAAUGAUCAGUUUUCAAAAUUGAUUUUAUGAUUUAUUGUUGAUCAGUUAAUUAUUUAAUAAUUUCAGUUAUAAAUUGCAGACCUGGAAAACCUUUACUAUUUUAACAUACAGUAUUAAAUGGACUGUAGUGUCCAUGUUAUGCUUAUGAUGAUGCUGUAUUUCCAGGUCGAACUGGUGGCGCCCUCUAGUGACCAGGGAAACCAAUGCAAUACUAAUUCUUGACUUUGGGGCUGUUUUCACUUGUUUUUGUAAUUGUAAUAACUUACUAGACAUGCACCCAAGACUUUAUAGAUAUUUACUUGUCAAUUUAUUAAAUAAAUUACAAUCUAAUCAAAUUAAAAUAUUUUUCAGUGUUUUCUAUGGGGAUUGCAAUAAAGACAUGAGUAAUAGGAUGCUUUUAAGAGGAAUAUUGAACAAUUACACACAUGUAGCCUUAUAUAGACAAAUGACAUGAAAGUGUGUCACAG